AUGUCAACCUCAGACGAAGCCCUAGUCCUCUGCCUCUACGCAGGAGGCACCAUCGGUAUGGUUCGCAAAGACGCCUCAUCCGGUUUCGCCCCUUACCCAUCCUUCCUAACCGAAACCCUCCGCAGCCAAUCUAGAUUCCACGACCCCCAUGGAGACUCGAUCUUCUCUUGGUCCGAUUCUGUAGACCGCUACAAGCAGUGGUCUGAAGCUUUUACUCGUCCUGGUUCCGGUGCUUCCACUCCACUUCACGGUAGCGGUAGUGGUAAUGGGAAAGAUACACCGCUGCCUUCGGAGAGUAAUUUGGCUAAAGCGGUUGCUGACAAGACGUCUUCUUUGCUCGAUGCUAGUGGGAGUUCCCAUUUGAGUAAGAAGCGCAAGUCGGAUCACGAGUCGCAGAUGGCGAAUACAGCGCCACUAACGCCCUUGACGCAGGCGCAUUUGGAUCAUCUCUAUGCGGAUACAAACUCACGUUCGCCUUCGGGAGGUGCUCCGCCAUUCGGCCAUCCUGUGUUGGUGCGAAGUAGUGCGCCGAAGGGGACCUCAACUCACCAUGCAAUCGCAUCGAGUUUAUCAGCUGACGGGAAACAUUUGCAACUGCAACUUCCCACCUUGAUCACACCUCGGGCUGGAUCGCAAGGCAAACGAGUUCGAUAUGCAGUACUGGAAUACGACCCUCUCCUCGACUCAUCCGAAAUGGAUAUUCCCGACUGGAUCCGCUUAGCAUCCGACAUAUCUCUCAACUAUCAAGCCUUUGACGCUUUUAUUGUCCUACACGGAACCGACACCAUGGCUUAUACCGCUUCCGCUCUCAGUAUGCUUCUCGAAAACCUCGGGAAAAGUGUAAUCGUCACUGGCGCACAAGUCCCCCUCUCAGAGCUUAGGAACGACGCGAUUGAAAACGUGCUUGGUGCGCUCAUGCUUGCUGGUUCCUAUAUCAUCCCCGAAGUAGGACUCUAUUUUGCAUCGACGUUGUAUAGGGGGAACAGGACGAGUAAAGUCAGUAACAACGCCCUCGCUGCGUUCGAUUCGCCCAACAUGGCACCACUAGCUAGAGUCGGGAUCAACAUCGAAGUGGCCUGGAACCUUGUCGAGCGCAGCAGAAGUGUUAAAAGCUUUAGGGCGCACGAUAGGAUGAGUCCUAAUGUGGCAGUUUUGCGAUUGUUCCCAGGUUUGCCAACGAGUACGGUCAAAAGUUUCCUCUCUCCCCCACUCGAAGGAGUCAUCUUGGAAUCCUACGGCGCAGGAAAUGCUCCUUCGAGAGCAGAUCUUUUGGAAGUGUUCAAAGAAGCUUCGGAUCGAGGACUGGUCCUUGUCAACAUCACACAGUGCGUUCAAGGUGAAGUAUCGGCCAUCUAUGCUGUCGGGAAGAAACUGGAAGCGGUGGGGGUGGUUGCUGGGGGAGACAUGACUGCGGAGGGUGCGCUUGCUAAGCUUUCUUACCUGCUAGCAAAGCAGUUGAAGCCUACAGAGAUUAGAGAGUUGAUGGGUAGACCAUUGAGGGGAGAGUUGACGAGUAGUAGAGGGGUGUCAAGUCAUCCUACUCUUCCGCAAGAACUCACUCCUGCUGCAGCGGCAAGUGGACCGCAUAAGGCGGAUUUGAGGACUUUGUUGGCGCAUAUACUGCAGAAUCCCAACAAGGCUCAAUCUUCAGCCUCGCCCGAGAAGAGGAAGCAUGGUUUGGAAGGGGAGGGGGAAGAACGUGGAUCAGCAGCAGCAGCAUGGGACUCAUCCACACACGAAGUUUCCUCCGCCACUCUAGCCGUUCUUCCUUACCUGAUCUACGAAGCAGCGUCGAAAAACGAUCCCGAAUUGCUCAAAUGGCAUCUUUACGCUCUGAACCAGCUGGAAACAAUUCCAACUAUUUCGAUCGAUCAAGAACAUCUCCAUCCCUUAACACUCAACCCCCCACCUUCCUCCGGCGCCACGGGAGAUUCUCCUGCUACAACUCACGCGGUGGGUGAGACUGUGGCUAAACCUGACUCGACCACUCCCAUGGAGAAGCUCCAACCGCUGCACAUUGCGAGUAGCAAAGGGUUUACGGGUGUGGUGGAGCUGCUGCUUAAGGCGGGUUGCAGUGUUCAUGCGAGGGACUUUAGUUCAGGUCAUUCGCCGUUGUUUUUGGCUGGGAAAUAUGAACAUGCUGCAACGGUGAAGAUGUUAAGGAACGCAGGAGCUCAUUUGAAAGAGGAUGAGGUUGGGUUGGCAAAGUUCCUUGUACAGCAGGCCGAGCAGAGGAGCCUGUCGACAAACAAAGCUGCUGCUGCUGCUUCCUCCUCAGCGGUGGUUGGAAGUGGCGAUGUAAGGGCGAUUUGGGAGUUGGCCGGUGUCACGUUCUAA